AUGCCUUUCCUAGUCACUUUUGGUAAUACAGUUGCAAAACCAACAUUUUUCUUCCCAACUGUACUCAUUUAUCUUCUACUCAUUUUCUCCAACCAUUGGACCUUCACAUCUGCAAUGACCGAAACCACGGGCAUCGGGGCAAUCAUCGACGAUAGUACCCGUAUCGGCAAAGAAGUGAAAACAGCCAUGAAAGUAGCUGCUCAGAACUUCAACAACUCCUCCGUGUAUCGCAAGGUAUCUCUUCAUUUUCACAAUCCUGAGGGAAAUCCCAUCCGAGCUCUUUAUGCAGGUAGGUUAUUUUACUGUCUUUCCAGAUGA